GAUGCUCUCGUUUCGUAUCAAGCAUUCAACUUUGUUUAGUCUGCAUCAGACGCUACAAAAUAUUUCCACUGUGUGCGUAUUCUUAUAUUACGAAGCUCAAAAGAUUCAGAAACAGUUUGAGGGUAUUUAUUUUUAUGAUUGGAUCGGAACGAUGAAAGCAAAAAGCAAAGAAGAGACGACAAACACAAGAACAAAACUCAACAGUCUGUUUUCCGCGUCAGCUUUGCUUUUGUCUGUUGUCUGUUGCAUUGCACUUUUUCACGUGGAACUCAAAAUUCAAGAACAUCAUCGAGUGAUAUCACAGUCAGCAACAUUCUGUGACCAGAUGGAGAAGGAAAUCCUUCAGAAAGUACAACAGAAUUACGAAAGAUGGCAAAUAAAUAAAGGUAGGAACUCAGACGGUGCUUGGCACGAGACACAAGGUAAGGUGAUCAGUUUCGAACGCCGGGGGGAGGACUCCCUUAUCUAGACUACCGUACUGAACACGCUGUGGGAUAGAUCUUGAAUGGGGGAUUUUUUUCAUCUGUAUUGCACGUGUUUUUUAGUUGGGUGCUAAGAAAUGAAAAAUGUAAAAGCUGAACUUCCUAUUAAAAAAGUUUUAAUGUACGGCACAAAAACCUGUUCUAAAUUGACGGAAGCUUCCCCAUCCCCCCUUGUCUUGUCAACUUACCUAUCCGAUCCGAGAUCGACUAACCAAUAGAUUAGUUAACGGUGAUACAAGUGUCUCUAUAUGCCUGGUAUCGCGUCUGGCAGUACAGCUCAUAAACACAAAAUAUUGAUAGAAAAAAUGCGUGUUAAACUGUAUUUCAUUAACCUAGUUGAAAACAAUCGUGGAAAGAUCCAUCGUUUCUUCUUAAAAAUGGAUGCUUGCCAAAGUUAGGUUAACCCUUUAUCCUCCUUGACAGGCAUAUUAGUUGAUACCGCGCCAAGAUCAAGAUGAUUUCCGGGUUAUUAAAAUAUGGCCUGUCAGUUCCAUUCUUAAUCUUUCUACACAUAAUUUAAAACACAGAACUGUGAGACAUUGGACAGGGGACGUACAAGUUUAUUUUUGUUGGGAGGGGGAGGGGGGAAAGUGGGGGUGAUACCUCCUCCAAUUCUUUCCUUAUUUACUCCGGCCAGGGACAUGGGUUCUUGCUCCUGCCCAGGGAUUUCUUUACCGUGACAUGGUUUCAAGUGUUCGAGAGUGCUAACAAGACUGUGAAUUAUUGAAAAGAAGUAUCUACAUAUUUGUGUUUUCAAGGUAAUCAUGAGAACAUCUCAAGACAGAAGCGUUCGUCACCAACUAAUUCGCUGCAACAGUCAGUCCAAAUGGCCGCUGAUGUGAAACUGCUGAUCAAGGAAGAACUUCGACUUCUGCAGAAACAGGUCUGUGCCAAAGAUGAAACGCUCUGUCGAUCAGGACCAAAAGGAAGCCGAGGACGACGGGGAAGACCCGGUCCAGAAGGACCUCCUGGAAAACAUGGGCCCCUAGGGCCUCAAGGAGCAAUGGGCGUGAAAGGUGAUCUAGGACUGCCGGGUGACCCGGGUCCCGCGGGACCUGUAGGGCCUCCGGGAGAAAAAGGUGUUAAAGGUGAGCCGGGUAAGUCUAUCUCUGCUCCUUCUCUGCUGCAGCCUCCUGUUGAAACAACCGUCAAUGAAAGUCAGACAGCCAUCUUCAAAUGUACAGUGGAUAGUAAUCCGCCAGCACAUGUCACGUGGUCUAAGCAGAACUCAUCUCUUCCGGUGGGACGUCACGUUGUAGAUUCCAGUGGCGCUCUGAUUGUGAAUGACGUUAGAGCUGGAGACGAAGGAUUUUUCAGGUGCAGGGCUGAAAAUUUCCUGGGAAGCGUCAACGCUACAGCGAAACUAACAGUUCAGUGUGAGUUUUCUUUAUCUUAAAUCAAGUUUUUAAGUUCUUCUUAGUUUCUAGAGGUUGAUAAAUUCUUUUAGGAACGCCUCACUUACUAAAGGAAAAAGAGGAAAAUCGUAUUCCGCAGGGGCCUCUUGGUGAUAGCGUGAUUCAGCAUUACCGCUAGACGCCUGAUCAUCAGAACUUCGAGUCUUGGUUCUUUAUUGUGUUGUAUGCGUAUUGCUCAAUAACGAACGCUUAGGAAUGCCCUACAUAAAAACGCACUAUGGAUUAAAAGGGCCAUAAGCGAGCAUACCAUCCUUAAUAAGGGGGAGCGCUUAAAGUCCCAAUUGCAUCAAACUAUAGGAGACCGUGGGUUGAAGACCAGCAGUGUCGGAGCAUGCAGCAUCGUACCAAAUCUUGGGAUCACAUAUUUAAUACUGAAUGUCUAUUGAAGUGUAGACAGGUUUUUAUGUUUUGUUUUAGAUGCUCCCAAAACUUUCUUGUCGUCCAAGAGAUUAAUAGCGGAAGAGAAACAAAACGUCACCAUCUCCUGCACUGCUAGCGGUCAGCCGCAACCGAAAAUCACGUGGUCUAAAUCAUUCGGAAGUUUGCCUAAAGACAGAGCUGAGGUGGUUAAUGGUACCCUAAAAAUUUACAAUGUGGCAAAAACAGACGGUGGAACAUAUCUGUGUAACACAAAGAAUAUUAUGGGGUCAAAAACAGAUACGGCUCAACUGACAAUAUUUUCUCCACUGCGGUUCAAAGUUCGUCCUCCCCAAGCAUUGACCCCAGUUAUAGAUUUAGCUACAGUCCCUCUGCCGUGUUUAGCUGAAAGUGAUCUCAAACCUUCAAUUACAUGGACAAAGGACGGCAAACCUUCACUUCCUGUGGACUCUGACGUAUUGCAGAAUGGUACACUGAUUCUCCGCAACAUCAAAAAAUCACACGAGGGAUCUUACACCUGUAAAGCGACUAACGCCCUGACGACAAUAGAAGCUGAAGUGAAAAUCAAUGUACAAGUUGCAGCCCCUUCCUGUUCGAUGAUAAAGAAAUACAGCAGUAAAAGUGGUAAUUACGUUAUAGAUCCAGAUGGUGAAGGGGGCCUGGCACCUUUUACAGUGUUCUGUGACAUGACUGACAAGAGUGGAGUUGGCGUGACAGUGAUCAGUCACGACAGUGAAAGCAGAACAUAUGUGCGUGGCCAUGUGCGUCAGAUCAAAGGUUGGGGCGGUCGAGGUAGUUACUCGCGUGACAUUCAUUACACAGGAGCGAGUCUCUCUCAGAUGGCAAGUCUCACCAGAGUCUCCUCACACUGUGAACAGUUUAUCAAAUAUGAGUGUCAUAAUUCGAUGUUGCUCUACAACGGCGAUCUAUUUGGAUGGUGGGUGUCACGUGACUCUCAAAAGAUGAGGUACUGGGGCGGAGCAUCUGCCAAUGAUAAAUGCGCAUGCGGAAUGACCAACUCAUGUGCAGCCACCCGCUAUGGUUGUAACUGUGAUAACAACGACAAUGUGUGGCGUGAAGACAGCGGUCUUCUCACUGAUAAGACCAAACUUCCAGUUAAACAGCUCAGGUUUGGAGAUAUUAAUCACAACAAUGGACAGAUUGGUUACCACACUCUAGGGAAGUUGAAGUGUUAUGGCAUAGUUUAA